UGAGUAGCCGUGCAUGUGUUAUUAUCCGAUAUUACUUACCGUUGUAGGCUUCGCAUUGCCUCUUCAUUAUGAUUUACUUUUUUCAUUUUUAGGGUUUGCUUUUGGGUUUCUUCAUUUUUUGUUUCUGAAAUAUGAACGUAUAGGUUGGGAUUCAGUUGUAUCAGAAAUUAAUUUUCGAAUUUCGAAAUAAGCUAAUUCCGGUUUUGAUGGGUUUUAUUUUUAUAUGUAUUUUUAAAGUUAGAUUAAGUUGUCUUAUUAUAGUGUAAAUAAGACAAGUUUCUGGGGAUUUCCUUUUGAUUAGAGGAUAGGUGUUUAUGUACGCAGUUGCCAGAUGUUUCGCCGUUUUGCAUUGGUUGUUUUAUCAUUUAUAAGUGUGGGUUUUAGAGUUAGAGUUUCAAUGGGUUUGAUAUUACUUAUCUUUUCGGGGUUCUCUAGAUCUGAUGUAUUAUAAUUAAAUAGAAAUUGAGCAAUUUAAAAGAAUCGGUGUUGGCUGUUGAUUAUAGUUCUGAGUUCACAAGUAGGCGCCGUUCCGAAUUGUGACUGUUUGUGUUUCUUUUUAUUCAUUACCUUGUCGGUGGCAGUCUUUAGAGUCCUCUUGAGUAGUUAAAAGAGGAAUAGAAUAUUUUUUUUGUUUAUUUUUUUUGCAAUAUGGGGCAUUCUGCAGCAAUUUGCGAUGUUAAAUCAACAUCUGAGAUGACAAAGGACUGGAAUGGGAUUGAUCAGGUGGUGCUUCGAAACCCACAAGGGGCCUCUGCUAAGGUCAGCUUGCAAGGAGGACAAGUUACUUCAUGGAGAAAUGAGAAAGGGGAAGAACUUCUGUUCACAGCGAUUUUUAAGCCCUCAAAAGCAAUACACGGCGGAAUCCCUAUUUAUUUCCCACAGUUUGGAAACUGUGGAUCACUAGAGCAGCAUGGAUUUGCAAGGAACAAAUUCUGGACAAUUGAGGAAAAUACUCCAGAUCUGCAGCCAAAUGAUUUCAAUGCAAAAGGCUGUGUUGACCUACUGCUUAAACCAUCGGAAGAAGACUUGAAGUGCUGGCCCUAUAGUUUCGAGUUUCGUCUUAGGGUCUUGCUCGGAGUAGAUGGAGAUCUGACAUUAAUAUCACGAGUGAGGAAUGUCAAUGGCAAGCCAUUUACUUUCUCUUUUGCAUAUCACACAUAUUUGUUGGUUUCUGAUAUAAGUGAAGUGAGGAUAGAAGGCUUGGAGACGGUUGACUACCUUGAUAAUCUUCGCCAAAGAGAACGUUUUACAGAACAAGGAGAUGCUGUAACUUUUGAAUCUGAGGUGGACAGAGUUUAUCUUCGUUGCCCUAAUGUAAUUGCAGUGCUUGAUCAUGAAAAGAAACGAACAUAUGUUAUAAGAAAGGAAGGCCUGCCUGAUGUUGUGGUGUGGAAUCCAUGGGAGAAGAAAUCAAAGUCAAUGGUAGAUUUUGCCGAUGAGGAAUAUAAGCAGAUGCUAUGUGUUGAUGGAGCAGCAAUUGAGAAACCGAUUACACUGAAACCAGGUGAAGAGUGGACAGGGCGAUUGCAACUUUUGGUAGUGCCUUCAACUUUCUGUAGUGAACAAUUUAAUCUUUAGUAUGAAGGACUUUUUGAAAUAUGGUACAAAGUUUUCAAUUGUAAAUGUUGUGGUUUCAUAGUUGGUAGUUGCAGAAAUAGUUCAAUUUUGCAUUGAGACAUAAGAUUGAUCACUCUUAUUUCUAACUCUCCAUUUUUCUUUCUA